AUGAGGCAACGGUUCAACAUAGGAUCUAUAAGAGAUAAGGUUCUUACUAUCAAAAAGAAACACUCCGAGGUUCCCGGUGGCGGACCUGAGUCGCCUCAGAAAUUAACCUUGGCCAAUUCCUUUUUGCUAAACCCUAGCGCCCUGUUUCUUGAGCUGGAAAGUUCACCCAAAACAGAAAUUACUCCUGAAGCAGUACCUACAUCGACCACCUCUAUCACCAUCCAAUCAAUUCCGGAUUAUUGUCUGGCUAAACUGGGGACUAAGGUGCCUAAAAAUGGCCAAAACCAAAUCGAAGUCACCAAAGAUGACACUACUAAAUGCACGAGAGCUGUUUCUGUUGUUACUGGAACUGGGUUUGAAGGGUGCCCCCCAUGUGCCAUUAAUGAGAUGAAAUCUCUUUUCGAACUUUACUUGAUAGCAAUUGAAGCAUUUCAACCUUGUGGAAGGACAGAGACAACCGCCAGGGAACCCACUGAAAGAUCACCCAUUAAAAUCGGGGAAGCCGUCGUAAAAACACUUAGAGCCAGGGAAACAGACACAACACCUAUUCAAGUUAGCGAAGCCACCUUAGUGAGUAAUAUCCCCGUUACUGCUUUUAGUGAGGAUCCAUCAAUCGAAAGCGGCUCAAUUGUGAAAGAGAACUUUAAUGGAAUCAUUAUAAACUGCAACACAGAUCUUCCAAAGAGCACUCCUUCUUGUUUAAGUGAAUACGACUCCUAUACCAGUUGUUGCAACUUUCAGGGUAAAAUUGAACAACAGUUCUUGACUGUUUAUAACCAUCCUAAACAAGAAAGACAACGUGUAAGAUACAGAGGAAUGACUAAAAACAAGACAGGUGAGUUUCUAUAA